AGGCCCCAGCACGCAAAACGACCGAACCUACCUAUAAAGCCACGCCACCCUCGCGUCGCACCGCACAACCGGGCAAGGCAGAGCCGUGGCAACCAACUACUCCGUACUAGACAAUUCCCCCAGCCUGCCUCUCUCUCUGUCUCUGUGUCCCUCUCCCUCUCUUCUCUCUCCACCGCUCGGCUCGCGCGCGGCGGGCGGCGUGGCUCCGCGGGCGGGAAGCGCCGGUUUGGGGACGUCGGCGGCGGCGGGGGGUAUCGCCGGCGACGAGCUGUUUUGGGUAUGAUAGGGGUUAUUCAUGCGGCGCCGACCACAAGCGUCCCCUGCGGAUUCAUGGACGGCCUCCUCAUCUUCGUCUUCUACCUCUCGCUUCCUAUACGUGGCGGCCGUAACCACGCGUUAAUUGCCUCCUCAUCUAAUUGUUAGCCGCCGCCGGCCCGGUCGGUCGGUUGAUCUCGCUCGCCACACUCACUCUGCGCUCCGAUUUCUCCGAUUCGAGCCUUCCCGUCGUCGUCGCCAUCGGACGCACUUCGGAUCGGGUCAGGUUCAUUUCGUCGCUUCAGAGGAUGGACCAGCCGGCUAAUAGCUUCGCCGCCGGAGGUCUGUUUCUUCAUCACAUUGAUAGGCAAAACUCUUCUCCCCCUUCUGUAAUUGUAAUUGGGGGAGGGAUUUCAGGCAUUGCAGCCGCACGUGCUUUGUCUAAUUCUUCAAUUAAGGUCAUGCUCUUAGAGUCGAGGAACCGACUUGGUGGCCGUGUGCACACCGACUAUUCUUUUGGUUGCCCAAUUGACAUGGGAGCAUCUUGGUUGCAUGGUGUAUGCAAUGAGAAUUCUUUGGCGCCAUUGAUUAGGCUGCUUGGGCUUAGGUUAUAUCGCACAAGUGGUGAUAACUCUGUGCUGUAUGACCAUGAUUUUGCGAGUUAUGCUCUAUUUGAUAAGCAUGGUCGGCAAGUUCCCCAGGAGAUCGUUAUCAAAGUUGGGGAAACAUUUGAGAAAAUUCUUAAGGAGACGGUGAAAGUAAGAGAUGAAAAUGCAGAUGACAUGCCUCUUAUUCAAGCCAUUUCAAUUGUCCUCGACAGGAAUCCACAUCUGAAGCUGGAAGGCUUGCAAUACGAAGUGCUGCAGUGGUGCAUAUGUAGACUGGAGGCAUGGUUUGCUACAGACACGGACAGCAUAUCUCUGAAAAAUUGGGAUCAGGAACAUGUUCUUACUGGUGGACAUGGUCUUAUGGUGAAUGGCUAUGAUCCUGUCAUCAAAGCUCUUGCUCGAGAUCUUGAUAUUCACCUCAACCACAGAGUCACAAAAAUCAUCCAGCGUUAUAAUAAAGUUAUUGUAUGUGUGGAAGAUGGGGCAAGUUUUGUUGCAGAUGCUGCUAUAAUAACUGUCCCCCUUGGCGUGCUUAAGGCAAAUAUCAUCAAAUUUGAACCUGAGCUACCAGAAUGGAAACUUUCAGCAAUCUCUGAUCUUGGUGUUGGCAUCGAGAACAAGAUAGCUCUCAAGUUCAACACUGUAUUUUGGCCAAAUGUAGAAGUACUAGGUAGGAUUGCCCCAACAUCAAAUGCCUGUGGUUACUUUCUCAACCUUCACAAAGCCACAGGAAAUCCAGUCCUUGUAUGCAUGGUAGCCGGAAGAUUUGCUAAUGAAUUUGAGAAACUAUCAGAUGAGGAAUCUGUGAACUUUGUCAUGUCUCAGCUCAAGAAAAUGCUGCCAGAGGCAACUGAACCGGUUCAGUAUUUGGUUUCACGGUGGGGCAGUGACCCAAAUUCACUCGGUUCCUACUCAUGCGACUUGGUAGGGAAACCAACUGACCUGUAUGAAAGAUUCUGUGCUCCGGUGGGCAACCUGUUUUUCGCUGGGGAGGCCGCCUGCAUCGAUCACUCUGGGUCUGUGCAUGGAGCUUAUUCGUCAGGCAUUGCUGCUGCAGAGGACUGCCGAAGGCGUCUAUCGACGCAGCUAGGUAUCUCCGACCUGUUCCAGGUCAGGAAGAUUGUUAUGAGGGAGGAGAUGACUGAAGUCAUGGUUCCCUUCCAGAUAUCCAGGCUAUAAGAGAAGAACGAACUUAUCUAUUUAAGCACCGUACUUAUCUAUUUAAGCACCGUAUUAUCCUGCAGCAGAGAAGGUUAACAAUGUUGCUGCUUCGCAGGACUGCGUUCAAAACUGUUUAUUUCGCAGUUUGAUGUUUGAUGUAACAUAAAAUAAUAUAGACCACCUUGUUAGAAUU